UAGAACUUAUAACUUUUUAUUUCAGCAUCUUCAUCUUCAUCUUCAAUCAAGUAAAACAACAGUUAGAAAAAAUACAUAUAGUAUGUAUAGCAUAUACAUAUGUGAACUUUUGUCAAGCUCUGUUUUGAUUUGCUACUGUACACUCUAGCUAUACAAUAUUCUUUGAAUGAAUUAAGUUAUAUGAUAGCUAAAUCUUGCACAUCGGUUCUGCUAUCAAAGCACUAUAACCACAUUAAUGGUUAAGACCUGCUCAGACUGUCAUUCUCACUGGGCAGAUUGAUUCCUGAGACCCUCAGUGUUUGCUCAGCAGAUCUGCUGUGCUGCCCUUGCUCUAACAAGAUCACGUGUGGACGUCCGACUUGAAACAGAGAGGGGGAGUACUUAUUCUUGAGCCAGGGAUUAUGGGAAAUUGGGUCAUCCACACAGAGCAGGCUGCACAGUAGUUUGUCUCAGACAAUCAGUCAUUAGGAAAUAUGAGUGUAUUGUGACUGACCUGGGGCUGGUUGGAUCAGUAAGAGGUUUAAAACUUGUAAUGCCAGGCAGAGGUGACAGAAGAUGUUCACUCAGUGUCAAUGAAAUUAAUCAUUAAACAGAGUAUCCUAGAUAACACCCUGCUGCAUGUAAGUGAGAUUAACAGAUAAUAAACUGGUGAAAGCGACCCAUCUGGUUUUUGAAAUGAUACAUUGACUUGGAUGAAUUAUCUGACUCCUUUCUUGUUCCCACAAGACAAAGAUAUCACCCGGCAACUCAUCUUCAUAGAGGUGUGUCAAACAGCCUGCACAUCAUAGCUGCUCAAAAUGAACCUUGAGCCGCCCAAAGCUGAGAUCAAGUCGGCCACCCGUGUCAGUGGAGGCCCUGCCACGCCACGCAAAGGCCCACCCAAGUUCAAGCAGAGGCAGACCCGUCAGUUCAAGAGCAAGCCUCCAAAGAAAGGAGUCCAGGGCUUUGGUGAUGAUAUCCCUGGAAUGGAGGGCUUAGGCACAGACAUCACUGUCAUUUGUCCCUGGGAGGCCUUCAGUCACCUGGAGCUGCAUGAGCUGGCCCAGUAUGGCAUCAUCUGAAUCUUCCUGCAUCAU